UCUUAGUCUGUCAUCAUACAGAUUUUGCGCAAGGUAUAAAACAGCUGCAGUUUCGUUCCGUGAGAAAUGAAAAUCCUUAAAACGUAAUAGCUUAGAGCAUAACUGCCGAUUUAUAUCAAUCGGGAAUCUUGAAUCAUUUCAGAUUACUACUUUGACAAUUAUACCGCCAUGUUCAACUCAGAUGUUCAUAUGGUGAUGAACGAGAAUACAUCUUUUCCAAAUGUUCUGUGUAUAUAUAGGAUUUCUGGUCAGGCAUUUUACUUUUAUGUGAAGUUGGCUUUGAAAGAUGAAAACUCUCUCUCUCUAUCUUUCUCCCUCUCUCUCUCAUACGUCGUUCGAUGUGUGUGUGUUACAAGUAAAUCCGACUGGUUAGGUAAGGCCUAUUUCCAUCUAAUUAUGUCAGCGAUUAAGUGAUUUAUUAUCCGGUCUCUACUGAAUGGUCGUGUGACGUCACUCUUAUUAUCGUAUUGGACGCUAUCUCUAUAACCUCAAUCCUCUCCACACUCCAUAAAUGGCAGUAUUUAAGUUAACUAUUAACUUGUUUAACUUGCCUUGAGAAUGACAAAGUCUAUCUGACUGGCUGCUGGGCCUUUCUCCAUAUAUUUGCCUCGUUUUUAACUAAGUGACACAGACCUUAGAUACGGAUGCGGUUAUUGCAAUUCUGUACGUUAAAGAGGCCACUGUGAAUACGUACAUUACCUGUUGACACGCAUAGAUCAGCACUAUUUCUGUCUGUGAUGCAAUUUGUGAAUACGAUUACUCUGCUUAAUGGUAUUAUAUCCAGAUAACACUUUGAUUUGAACAGUGCAUGAAUCACGGUAUUCUCACCGGGCGCUCAUUCAAAAGCGCGAGAUUUGUGAUUUGUGCUUUAAUGAAGACUUGACAGAAACACCAGCUGCUGAGCAAGUGUGAACGCAAUUUGUCACUCACCAAACAUAAGUUGUUGCUUUAACUAUAACGCUGCAUUUAUUGAAUCGGUUAAGUGCACUAGGAGGUUAAAGUCAGUGAAAGGUACAAUUAAGGACUUACGUGGUAUUUGUACCUGACUCAACAGAAAUGGCGCCGACGGUAGAAGAGAAGCAGCGCCUCCUGGCGGAGGACGAGGGAGUUGAGCCUGUCGUCAAGAAGUCGUACGGGUCCUCCACACACGAAUCCAGCGGGUCCUCGUCUGAUGUGUCCAUUGAAGGAAAAGAGAAAGAAAAAGAAAAACUCAAACCGGCGUCUUUCGGAAAAUUGUUCCGCUAUGCAACGAAAUUCGACGUGCUUCUGAUACUGGUCGGUACGUUGUUCGCCAUUGCUCACGGAGCCGCCUUCCCGAUGUUGAUGGUAGUGUUUGGAGAUAUGACAGAUACAUUUAUUAUGAAUAGCACAUCAGGAGCCUUCAACGAAGAAAUGACGAAAUUUACAUUACAAUACGUUUACAUUGGAGCCGGUUGUUUUGUUGCGUCCUAUAUCCAGAUCGCUUGCUGGAUGUCGGCCUGCGAGAGGCAAGUCCUGAAGCUGAGGAAAACGUUCUUUUUCUGCAUCUUGAGGCAGGAGAUCGGUUGGUUUGAUCAAAAUCCUAGUGGAGAAUUGUCGACAAGACUCGUAGACGACAUAGAAAGAGUGAGAGAAGGUUUGGGGGAUAAGUUCAGUCAGUGCAUUCAGUUUCUUGCGCAAUUCGUGGCUGGUUUCGCUUUCGGUUUUUGGAAAGGCUGGAAGAUGGCGUUGGUCAUGAUGAGCCUAACUCCACUCCUGGCGGUGGCCUCGGCUUUCAUGUCGAAGGUGAUUGCCUCAUACAGUACCCGAGAACAACAAGCAUACGCAGCAGCGGGUAGCGUGGCAGAGGAAGUCCUGUCCUCUAUACGUACCGUAGUCUCCUUCAGGGGACAGAAGAAGGAAAUUCGUAGGUAUAAUAAAGAACUGGAGACCAGUAGCAAACUUGGAGUAAAGAAGUCAGUGGUCACAGGUCUUGGCAUGGGGUUAACAUUUCUUAUUCUCUACGGAGCAUACGCUCUGGCUUUCUGGUAUGGUGCAACUUUAAUAGAAGUGUUCUACAACACCCUAGGAAAAGAUGGGAUGAGCCCAGGAAGUGCUUUAACGGUAUUUUUCUGCAUCAUGAUUGGCUCAUUUUCCAUAGGGAACGCGGCCCCCCACCUCGCCAGUGUAGCCACGGCAAAAGGCGCCGCAGCCACUCUCUACAAAGUGAUUGACAACAUCCCUAUCAUAGAUGCAAGUUCCAAUGACGGAAUAAAAAUACCUGACGUCAAAGGAAACAUUGAGUUUUGUGACGUAAAGUUUGCCUAUCCUAGUAGGCCGGACGUAAAGAUCCUGAAGGGCUUAUCUUUCACUGUGCCAAGCGGUAGGACGGUGGCCUUGGUUGGGUCCUCCGGGUGUGGCAAGUCCACGGCAGUCAACCUCAUCCAGAGAUUUUACGAUCCGGAAGAAGGCAGGAUUCUUCUGGACGGCAACGAUCUUAAAAAUGUGAACACGAGAUGGCUUCGCCAGAAUAUAGGUGUAGUGUCCCAAGAGCCAAUACUGUUUGGUUGUAGCAUCAUUGACAACAUACGCUACGGCCGCCUUGACGUCACGUAUGAAGAGAUCAUCCGAGCUGCCAAAGACGCUAAUGCACAUGACUUCAUCAACAGACUGCCAGAUGGUUAUGACACACUGGUCGGUGAGCGAGGAAUUCAACUCUCAGGAGGACAGAAACAGCGCGUUGCGAUUGCAAGAGCGCUGGUCAGAGAUCCCAAGAUCUUGCUUUUAGACGAAGCCACCUCUGCAUUGGAUGCCGAGAGCGAGGCUGUGGUACAAGCAGCUCUGGAUAAGGCAAGGGAAGGGCGCACCACCGUGGUUAUCGCCCACAGGCUGUCCACCAUCCAGUCUGCUGACCAGAUCUGCGUGGUCCAGGAAGGCCAGGUUAUGGAGCAGGGUGGACACAGGGAGCUGAUGAACAAGGAGGGACUCUACUACCAACUGGUCACUCUGCAGAAGCUGACCCGUGGGGAUGAGGAGAGUGAUAAGGAGGAGGAUGGUGGAGAGGAAGGGGGCGUUAAGGAAGGUGAGCGCCCAAGGACGCCGGGAUUGAUGAGGUCUAAGUCGCUUCACAGAAGCCACUCUAAACAGACGCCAGGCGUACUGCGACAAACAUCGGUGAAAAAGAAGAAAACUGUAGAGGAAGAAGCUAAAGAAGAAGAAGUGGUACUCCCGGGUUUCUGCAGAAUUCUUCGUCUCAACAAGCCGGAAGCUUGCCACAUCGUGACGGGCUGUAUUGGUGGGGCGCUGGUGGGCGGCGUGAUGCCGGCUUUUGCUUUCUUCUAUGGAGAACUGAUAGCUGCCUACACAAAAACAGGCGAGACACUCUUACGAGAAUCUACAUUCUGGAGUAUGAUGUUUUUAGCUCUAGGAGGAGUCAGCUUUAUAGGAGUCCUGGUCAACUCCUACUCAUUCGGGGUUUCGGGAGAAAAAUUGACCAAGCGGCUAAGACUUAAGACGUUUGACAACAUCUUACGGCAGGACAUCGCUUGGUUUGACGACCCUAGGCAGGCGACGGGAGCGUUGACCACGAGACUGGCUACGGACGCCUCCCUGGUCAAAACUGGCACUGGUGUCCGGCUCGGUAUCAUCGUCCAGUCUGCCGUGAGUAUGAUUGGGGGACUGACCAUCGCUUUCAUUUACGGCUGGGCGUUGGCGCUUCUGGUUCUCGGGACCGUACCCCUCAUGGCAGUUGCAGGUGCCCUGAAUAUGAAGGCAAUUAGUGGGAGAGACAAGAAGGACAACGAAGCCCUGGAACAAGCAGGAAAGACUGCCAGCGAGGCCAUAGAAAACAUCCGCACAGUUCAGUCUCUCACGCGGGAACCCACGUUUUAUGAUGGUUAUUGUAAUAAACUACUUCAGCCGUUCAGAGAAAACCUGAAACAGGCCCAAUUCUAUGGCAUAGCAUAUGGUUUCUCCCAAGGCAUAAUUUUCUUCAUUUAUGCCGGCACCUUCCGAUUUGGCGCCUACCUGGUGGACAUUGGAAUGAUGGAUCCCCCCGAUGUUUACAAGUAA